AUGAGCCAACGGUUUGCUGCCUAUGCCCGUAAAACAGCCCGACUGCGAGACAAGGCCGAUCUCAUGGUACGGGAAAUAUGCGCAUAUGCAAACACAGAAACACCAAACCUGAAAAAGGGAAUGGAAAAGUUUGCUGACCUUUUGCUCACCUUGCCAAGGUUGAGGACUACUGCCAGGCUGAGCCAAGUCAUAGAGCCUCUAAAAAGCUAUGGUGCUGUGGUGAAAUGUAAAAGGGAGUAUCUGAAGACAGCUCAGAGUGCCAGAGACAGAGAGGCCAAACAGAUGGCUCAGCUCGAGCGGACCAGACAGAGAAACCCCUCUGACAGGCAGAUCAUUUCUCAGGCUGAGAGUGAGCUUCAGAGAGCCCCCAUGGACGCCACAAGGACUACAAGGCAACUGGAGGAGACCAUAGACGAGUUUGAGACGCAGAACAUUAGGGACAUCAAGAGGACCUUUGGGGAGUUGACAGUGGAGAUGACGUUUCAUGCCAAGGCUUUGGAGCUGUACACACUGGCCUACCAGAGCAUUCAAAGUGUGGAUGAAGAGGACCUGGAGGUGUUCAGGAGCUUGCUGCACCCCCCUGACUACCAGCCAUGCAUAGACAUAGUGCGAGCUAAUUCCAAAUCAUCGCUGGAUCAGACUUGCUCCUUCCUGAGUAUAUCAGGGACCUUACAGCAACAAAGAACCGGCAGCCGCCAGACGAGGAGAGAGGAGGAGGAAGAGGACGAUGAGGAGGAUGUGGAUGAAUCUGAAGAGGAGGACACAGAUGAUGAAUGUUAAUUUGUACAGGAGAAAAAGGAUAUUUAAAAAAAAGUGUGUAACCGUUUUACAACCUUAUAAAAAGAAAGGCCGUGUCAUUGCCAAAGUCACUUGACACAGCUGGUGUAAGCAGUAUUGUAGUAAAAGUGUUGUAGUUGUGCGAUACAGAACAUGUUGUUCUGUACUAAUGUUGUCUUUAAACCCAGUUAUUGUCUUUAUUUUUUACAUAACACAGCCAAAUGCUCAUGAAGUGUUUCAUCAUAUUGCUUUUUAUUGCUCCAUGUUAUUCAUCUUUUAUGAAUAAAUCAUAUUUUGCAUUGUU